AUGCAGCGCAGUGCCCGUCUAGUUCUUUGGAAUUCUCGACAGAUAGUCCGAUCCUCUCGAGCGAUUGCCACCACAGCUCCAGGUGCUAAACAAAAGAUCAAAGUUGCAAAUCCUGUAGUCGAUCUCGAUGGUGACGAAAUGACUAGGAUUAUUUGGCAGGAGAUUAAGAAAAAGCUCAUUUUUCCCUAUCUUGAUCUCGACGUAAAGUAUUUCGACUUGGGUCUACCCCACCGAGAUGAGACGAAUGACCAGGUAACUAUCGAUGCUGCUAAAGCGAUUCAAACGCACAGCGUUGGUAUUAAAUGCGCCACAAUCACACCUGAUGAAGCGAGAGUGAAAGAGUUCAAUUUGAAAAAAAUGUAUCUUUCACCGAAUGGAACAAUUCGAAAUAUUCUUGGUGGAACUGUAUUUCGGGAACCUAUCAUCUGCAAAAACAUCCCACGAUUAGUGCCAGGUUGGGUGAAACCGAUCGUUAUUGGUAGGCAUGCGUUCGGUGACCAGUAUCGAGCAACAGAUCUCGUCAUCCCGCAAGGCUCCACGCUAGAACUUGUUGUAAAAGGAGCUGACGGUAAAGAACAAGCUACGACUGUCUUUAAAUAUACGCAAUCGGGUGGUGUAGGAAUGGCCAUGUACAACACUGAUGAGAGCAUCCGUGGAUUUGCCCAUUCCUGCUUCCAAUAUGCUUUAAUGAAGAAAUGGCCACUCUACCUCAGCACAAAAAAUACUAUAUUAAAACGUUAUGAUGGAAGAUUUAAGGACAUAUUCCAGGAGAUUUACGAAUCGAACUAUGAGAAGGAUUUCAAAAAUGCUGGCACAUGGUACGAGCACAGACUUAUUGAUGAUCAGGUUGCUCAAUGCUUGAAGAGUGCUGGAGGAUUUGUUUGGGCAUGCAAAAACUAUGACGGAGAUGUCCAGAGUGAUAUUGUUGCACAAGGUUAUGGCUCACUUGGAUUGAUGACGUCGGUUUUAAUGUGUCCUGAUGGGAAAACUAUUGAAGCUGAAGCAGCACAUGGAACAGUCACAAGACACUACAGGGAACAUCAAAAAGGCAAUCCCACUUCAACGAACCCUGUUGCCUCUAUCUUCGCUUGGUCUAGAGGAUUGCAUCAUCGCGGAGUACUGGACAAAAAUGAAGACCUUAAGAAAUUUGCUCUUACGCUGGAGAAGGCUUGCAUUGAAACAAUCGAAGAAGGAAAAAUGACCAAAGAUCUUUCAAUUUGUAUCCACGGUUCCAAGAAAGGAGCAGAAAAAGGGAUGUUCCUUGUAACGGAAGACUUCCUCAGUGCUAUUGACUCAAAACUAGCCACCCUCAUGGCGUGA